UGUAACGGAAACAAUUUCCCUCAAGAGUUUUCAAAACUAUUCGAAGAGAAAUUUCAUCAGACCGCUGUGAAGAUUUUCAUGCAUAUGUGACUAAAGGUAGAAAGUUGAAAACACAGUGUUUAGACCAUGAAUGCCAUGGAGUUCCAACCUGUCAUCAUGGCUGCUGGACGUGGGUCAAGAAUGACAUACCUCAACUCUGCUAAAUACCCGAAGGCCUUAUUACCAAUAGGGAACCUACCAAUGAUCCUGUACCCAGUUUACAUGCUGGAAAAGGCUGGAUUUGAAGAUGCUAUCAUUGUAGUGCUUGAUUCUCAGGCAGCAGAAAUACGUAAGGCCUUGGUAGGAGUGAAGCUCAGGACGGACUUAGUCAGCAUCUCAGACGCCAAUUACUGGGGUACUGCAGACUCUCUCCGACACAUCAAGGACAAAAUCAAGAGAGACUUGCUGAUCAUCAGUUGUGACUUGAUAACAGACAUUUCCAUUCAUCAAAUAGCCAACAUUCACAGAAAAUAUGACGCCACUGUGACAAUGUUGUUGUCCCACCUUCCAUCUCAGUACCGAGAUAUACCGACUCCAGGGCCAAAGGCAAAGAAAGGAUCAGAGAGAGAUUUCAUUGGUUUCGAUGAGCAAGCUGAUAGAGUUCUAUUCAUGGCAUCAGAGGCAGACUUAGAUGAAAAUAUCAAAUUCCGAAAGUCUACGUUAAAACGACAUCCUUGUCUUAACAUAAAAUCAGGACUUACUGAUUGUCAUAUGUACCUUAUGAAGAAAUGGGUUGUGGAUUUUCUAGAUUCAAGUAAAACGAUCUCAUCUAUCAAAGGGGAACUCAUCCCAUACUUAGUCAAAAAACAGUUUUCCAAGCCUAAAGCCAGCUGUGAUAUGGAAAAGACAAACAUGUCUGUGGUGUCGGAGGAUGUUCGGCCAGAUAUCUUCACAUUUUCAAAAGUUGAUGAAAUAACUGAAAAAAUCCGUGAAAUGUCUACAUGGAUUGAUCAUAGAGGUGACAUGGAAGAUUGUUUCCACCACAACCCAGUCCGGUGUUACGCUCACAUACAGAACGAGGGAUUCUGUGUGAAGGCUAACACAGUCGCAGCAUACAAUGAGUGCAAUAAACAGAUCCCGAGGGUUUUAGCAGACUUAGCUUCUGAAAAGGAGACUGUUGUUAUCCAUCCAUCUACGUCCAUAAAGGGCAAAUCACAGGUUGGAACUGACUGCUUAGUGGCAGAAGGAGCUCAAAUUGGAGAAAAGACGUCGGUUAAGAGAUCUAUUAUAGGAAAACACUGUACAAUAGGAGACAAGGUGAAAAUCGCUAACUCCGUCAUCCUGGACCACGUUUCUGUACUGGAAGGGUGUAAUAUCCAAGGCAGCCUUAUUGGCGCUCGAUCAACGGUGAAUGAGAAGUGUGAGCUAAAGGACUGCAUAGUUGGACAUGGGCAGAAUAUAAACGCAAUGGGUAAAUUUACAAAUGAGGCGAUAACAGGAAUUGACAGAAUGAUGGAGAUCUAGUGUAGCAGGAAAUGACAACUACCAGCUGUACUUGUUGCUAAAGACUUUUCUAAAUCAAACUAUGUAUUAUAGUCUUAUGAUAUUAAUUUCUUCAAACUUGAGAAUUCUUGAAAUAUGUUUGCCUUUUGAAAGCAAAAUAAAAUGAAUUUAAAAAAAAAA